GGAAUUGUGCGGACAGCUCACCCAUCUAUCACAGAGCCUUUGCUGGCAGUGCUGCGCUCCAUGCACCUGGAGGUGCACUAUGAAGCUUUGCAGCUGAUUCUGGAGCUGAUGGUCACCGAUGUGCGGCCGGCGCUGCUGAAAGGACUUGUAGCCCUUCAGAAGCCAUCGCAGAGAGAGAAUACAAAGAGCCGCCCCCAGAUCCUAGACGACCCGACAGCGCCCCAAAUUUCAGAACCUUUGCCGACUUUUAUUCAACAAGCCGCCUGUGCUAAAGCUAUCGGGAUGUUGGCUCGGGAGUCCCCCCAGCUGUGUGAAGAUCUUAUCCAGCUGAGAGUCGUCCAUCACUUGCUGCAUGCCAUGGGGAAUACUGAGCACACAGACAGCCAGAGACAGGCCAGCCUGGCCUUGGAGUAUUUUGUGUCAUCGUUUCCUGUGGUGGAGGAAGACGUGCGGGCGGCGAUCGGAGACAAACUAUUUCACAUGUUGAUGGUACCGUCCUGA